AAGUAUUAAUUAAGCGAGCGCUUCAUUCCUCACUGUCCUGCAGCUGUUUUGCUUUCAAACUCUCCCUUCUCUCUCUAACCUUAAACCCUCCCUGCUUCCCCCGAAUGAUUACAGCAAGAAACUUGUGGGCUAGUUUCUUUCUCCGGAACGGAGGGGGCGUUUCGCUCUACUCAACCUCAACCGUGCCAACUCGUUGGGGAAAACCAUGGAACCCCUGUCUGAACGCUCUCUACCGUCGGAUUUCUCCCAUCGGAGAUCCCAGGGUCUCCAUCGUUCCCAUACUCGAGCAAUGGAUCGAAGAAGGCCAAACUGUCAGCAAAGGACCACUACUUGCCAUCGUCAAGGAGCUCAGACGCUACAAACGAUAUGCCCACGCCCUUGAGGUAUCUAUGUGGAUGACUGACAGAAGAUACUUUGACCUUUCGUCCCGUGAUAUUGCCAUCCGACUAGACUUGAUUUCAAAAGUUCAUGGGAUUAAACAAGCUGAGAAUUAUUUCAAUAAUGUUCCGACAAAGUUAAGAGGUCUUGAGGUUUAUAGUGCUCUUCUCAACUGCUAUGCCUAUGUAAAACAUGUGGGAAAAGCAGAGGCCAUCAUGCAGAAGAUGAGAGAAUUGGGGUUGGAAAGGACUACAGUGGCUUUCAAUGUUUUGCUUAAUAUUUAUUAUCAGACCAGAAAUCAUGAGAAGCUGGACUGUCUGAUGCAUGAGAUGGAAGAAAAGGGAAUUAGUUUUGACAAAUUUACAUAUAGCAUCAGGCUCAGUGCAUAUGCAGCUGCUUCUAAUGUUGAGGGAAUUGACGAGAUUCUAAGAAGGAUUGAAUCCAAUCCUAUUGGUCUUUUGGAUUGGAGUAUCUAUGCUGUUGCGGCAAACGGGUACACAAAAGCUGGGCUGGUGGAGAAGGCUUUGGCAAUGCUUAAGAAAUCAGAGGGAUUAGUAACUGCCAAAAGGAGACAUUCAGCUUUUGAUCACCUCCUCACACAAUACGCGGCAAUAGGCAAGAAAGAGGAAGUGGCAAGGCUCUGGGAGGUGUACAAGAAUAAGGAGAGGAUAUACAAUAGGGGGUAUAUGAGUAUCAUAAGCUCACUGUUAAAGUUUGAUGACAUUGAUGGUGCUGAGAAGAUACAUAAUGAGUGGGAAUCCAGUGAGUUAAACUAUGAUAUCAGGAUACCCAACCUCUUGAUUUGUGCUUUUUGCAGGAAAGGUCUUCCGGAGAGGGCUGAAGCCCUUGUAAACCGGGUAAUAGCAAAAGGAAUGAAGCCUAAUGUAAGAACCCACUAUUGCUUGGCAACGGGGUACAUUCAGAUUAAUCAAAUUGAAAAGGGACUCAAAGCAAUGAAGGAAGCAAUUCUGGUCAGUGGGCCUUGGUGGAAGCCAAGCAAGGAAAACUUGGCUGCCUGUCUGGACUACUUGAGAGGCAAAGGAGAUGUAGAGGGAGCACAGGAAUUUAUCAGAUUACUCAGGGAUAAGGAGAUUGUCUCUGCGGAUGUUUAUGACAGCUUGUUGAAUUGUAUUAAAGAUGGUGAAUCAAGCUUGUCUGCGUUCAGUGAGAUGGGAGGGGAUGCUUCAGUUGGAAAUGGAGAAACAAUUGGACUUUCAGAGCUCGAGGAGGACAGCGGUAAUCACAAAACGAGUAGCAGCAACAUGUUCGAUAGAAAUUCAGAACAUUUCUGAAGCUUUUUUGGAAGCAGCUGGGGGCUAAUUUUAGGAACAGUUUGGGAAAGAUAGAUCUGGUUCUCCUUAUUUGUUGCCAUUGGGCUAAAUGAGUUGUCACAAUAGUUAUCCGCAAACUGUUGAAAGCAGCAUAAUUUAUCUUAGAAAAAAAUCAUUUCAUAA